GAGCCCGCAGAGAGAGAGAGAGAACAUUGGCAGAGACACGAUGAAGUUCCUCUUGAUCCUUGCCUGUCUGGGAGCAGCUGCUGCUGUGCCCCUUGAUGAUGAUGACAAGAUUGUGGGAGGUGACACCUGCCUACCAUACUCAGUCCCCUACCAGGUGUCUCUGAAUGCUGGGUACCACUACUGUGGGGGUUCUCUCAUCAAUGAUCAAUGGGUUCUGUCAGCUGCUCACUGCUACCAGCCCUUCAGCAUCCAGGUGCGGCUUGGGGAGAACAACAUAGAUGUUCUGGAAGGAACUGAGGAGUUUAUUGCAGCUGGGAAGCAAAUCCCCCAUCCUCACUUCAACCCAAGUUCCAUGGACAAUGACAUUAUGCUCAUCAAGCUGGCUACCCCUGCCACGCUGAACUCCAGGGUUCGAGCCAUUUCCUUGCCUUCCAAAUGUGUGACUGCUGGGACCGAGUGUCUGAUCUCAGGAUGGGGCAACACCCUCAGUAAUGGAGAAAACUUCCCAUCGCUCCUCCAGUGCUUGGAUGCUCCGGUGCUAUCAGAUGCUGAGUGCAAGGGCGCCCUGCCUGGAAGCAUCACUUCCAAUAUGAUGUGUGUGGGUUACCUGGAAGGUGGCAAAGAUUCCUGUGAGGGGGAUUCUGGUGGACCUGUAGAAUGCAACGGGGAGCUCCAGGGUGUUGUUUCAUGGGGAAUCGGUUGUGCUAUGGCUGGUUACCCUGGCGUCUACACCAAGGUCUGCAACUAUGUUGACUGGAUCCAAGAAACAAUUGCAGCCAACUGAGAUAUCCACCAUCAAUUCGCUUUUCUUGGAAUAUUUUCCUUUUCUCCCCUAUGAUCCAGCAUGACUAUGAAAUAUGAAACAAGACAAGUAAAGACAGAUAUGAUGUGCUAUCUUUCCCCCCAGAAGCCAUUAAAUUUCCACAUGUGAAUAA